AGGCAAAUGGAAGUAUUAUGGUUAGAUUAGAGGAGUUGCCUAAUGAUAUACUCGAGUUGAUAUCGCAGCGGCUGACCCAAGUGGAGCUUAUACGGCUUAAUCGAGUUAACCGGGAUUUUUAUCAAAUUUUUACGCCAUAUCUUUAUAAACAAAUCUAUGUAACCGAGACGAAGGGGAAGAGUUGUAAAUGGAGUGUUGUUCAGUACGAUUUAAAGACUGGUGGACUUCACCGGUUUGAACGGAGUCUUGGUGAUAAUCGAGCUUUGGGGAAGUAUGUGAAGAAAUUAGUCAGUGAUGAUAUCAAAUUUAUAUUAUUUAAAUUGAAUAAUUGGCAAAAUAAAUACGGAUUCAAAUUACGCUAUUUCAAGUUUGGUAGAGUUCCCUAUAAUCAUUUCCAUACCGGGUAUGAUGAUAUUUUGAAACUUUAUACUAAGAAUAAGUGGCUACGCAACGUACAGGUUAGUAGGAUUGAAGAUUUAGCCAAACUUGCCAGUGACCAUAUAACAGAAUUAGAACUUGUUAUAGUUGAUUUCAAACACCAUUUUUUCCCCCGAUCCCAACGGUUGGCUCAAGUUGCAGAACGGCUCGAGAAAUUGGAGAUAAACUCCAAGCAAAACGCCGGAUUAAUUAUCUUGAAACAAUUUGAAAGCUAUGGGAUCCGGUUCCCCAAUUUGAAACAGCUCACGUUUAACCAUUGCCAUGGCGCCAUGAAUGACAUGGAGUACGAUAUGCGAUACGAAAUUCGUUUGGACAGUUGCAAAUUAAACAAGCUCUUCAGUGAGAACUUGGAUACUUUGAAAAUAGCUUGUGGGUGUAUGCAUGGAUCCAAGUAUAAACUAGAGGAAAUCCACGAGUAUACCCAGUCCCAGUGCCAGUGUGUGGACGCUAUACUCGAGCAAAUAGUAUGGUUCCCCAUCAAAACCCUUGAAAUCAGUAGAUUAGGGUCAAGUAUCAUGAAAAACGCUUUUGGUAUAAUUGAAUGGAAAACCCAGGUUGCAAAAUACUUACCCCGGGUUGCAAUCUCCAAAUUGACGCUUGACUCCAAUUGCCAAUUAUACCCCACGCAACUAUUUGACCAGUGUGUUUUGGGAGUGCAGCAAAUGAAAAGAUGCAAUGAUCGUUUAAUCAAAACCAUCAACCAGCGGGAACUAACCCACUUAUCAAUCCCCGACUAUUACGAAAGCAUGUUGAUCUGGAUGCAACCGGAAAUCGACAUCAAAGAUGAUUCCAUCCUUCGGUUUCUCCAAACAAAUGAAAAAAUCCAGUACUACCUAAACCCACUCUUGGAAAAACACCUUGUCGAAUACAAAAAUGACUUGAUUGGCUGUGUACUACAACUACUCAAGAACAAACACCAGCCAAACCAAAGCGUUCCUUCGGGCCUGAGUUCCAUCACCCAACCCUCGGCCACCAGCCCUAAACCAAACCACGAAUUCGAGUCCCGCCAGGUCUCCAGCGGCCUGGUUCCUCCCUUGCACCCUCCAGCCAGCCUACACGAUAUCUUCCGCCACGACACUUACAAGAACCUAGUCAAUUAUCAAUUUUGUGAAAACCUCAUGGCCAGCCGAAAAUGGGUCAUCGAGGGCACCGGAACCCAGGUCAAGAUCUCCCACUCCUCCCACUCCUCCCACUCCUCCCACUCCAGCACUUUGGAAAUCGCCUGCCACUGCGACGGCCUGGAGUUCGACCGGGUGGUGGCCUUUUUGCAGCAUAUGCUGCACCCCUUCUCCGGCAACAAGGUGGUCCUCAACAACUUAAACCGGUACACCACAAAAAAAAUGCCCACCCGUACCCCUGAUACACCCGUACCCCCGCUUAUCCUCGGUUCCGAUUGCAAAAAAAUAGGAGAAAAUCCCUUUUAACCGCCGAAAAAGAAAAGCAGCCUCCGGCGCCCGUGCACCAGCCUCCCCCAGCCGAUUGAUCAAAGUCAGCAGCAGACUGAAAUCGACAAUAGAAAAGGGGCAGUUUUGAUAGAGGUUCAUAACGUCACUAUCGCAACCAAAGCUUUGCUCUCAUUAGAUAACUUUAUAUAGCUUAUAUACCUUAUUAUCACAAUACUACCGUGAA